AUGGAAAUUCUCAAUGUUUCAACAAUCCACAAAAACUUCCGAAUCCCAACUUUUUGCUGCCCCAAAACUCUAAACCACAAAAAACUCUCCUACCCGAUUCACAGAAACCCAUUUUCACUCUAUUUUUCAAGCUCCACAACCAGAAAGUUUCAAACUUGGGCGCAUUUUGGCCGACCCACCAACCGCCGCAGCAACUCCCUGAGGAAGAAGCUCCUCCAUGAUCACCAGGUACGUCCCAAUCAGAUUCUCACCGACCCAUCUUCUGUUUCCGGUAUUGUUGUGGAAGAGAGUGAUGCAGGGAAUAAAGGGGUCUCUGUUGAUGAAAAUGUAGUUGAAGUGGAAAAACCAAAAUCCAAACUUUUGGGUGAGUCUGUUUUGUUGAAUAAAUUGGAGAAUUGGGUUGACCAAUACAAGAAAGAUAUUGAGUAUUGGGGCAUAGGGUAUGGUCCUAUAUUUACUGUUUAUCAGGAUUCCUUUGGAGGGGUCAAAAGGGUCUCAGUUGAUGAAGAAGAGAUUUUGAGAAGAAACAGGGUUCAGAGAGAUGUAAUUGAGGACUUCCCUGAAGUAAGUUGUAAAAUUUUGGAUGCCAAGAACCUAGCUAGGGAGAUGGAGAAUGGUAAUAAUGUGAUUCCAAGGAAUAGUUCUGUAGCGAAGUUUGUGGUUCAAGGUGAGGAGAAGGGUGGUUUUGUUAAGGCUGUUCAUGGUUUUGUUGUUCAACCCAGAUUGGUUUCUAAGCUUUCAGGGGUUGGAAGCAAAGUGUUGUGUGUCUUGGUUGUCCUUUGGGCAGUGAAGAAAUUAUUUGCUUUUGGAGAUAAGGAGGUCCAGUACACAGAAAUGGAGAAGGAAAUGAUGAGGAGGAAGAUAAAGGCAAGAAAGGAGAAAGAGAUGUUGGUGAAGGGUGCUGUUGAAGUUAUUCCUGAACCUUUGGAGACACCGUUGAUAGACAUUAAAAAGCCUAAGUUGGAUAAGGAACAACUUAAGAACAAUAUUCUAAAAGCUAAGGCUUCUCCUGAUAAACUUUUAGGACAGGAUUCAUCUGCUGAAAUGGGAACUAGGUCUAUGGAUAUGGACUAUAAAGUUCAAGAAAUCCGAGAAAUGGCUAGGCGGGCACGGGAAAUUGAGGGAAGAGAUCAUUCUCUAGUUAGUAGAGAUGUGGAAAUGGAUGACCCCGUGAUUGAGGAAUCAUCCAAUGAGAUUGAAGUCAUAAAAAAGAAUAGCAAACAAGAUGACAUUUUAAGCAAUGAUCACAACGAAGUUGAAAGGAAAACAGCAGAUAGUAAUGCAAUUCUGCAACCAACUUCUGUUGUGGUCACUGAGAAUAUUGAUAAUUCAACCUUGCGUGAGGUAGUUCCUGCAGAUGAAUGCAUUUUGUAUGCUUCAAAUGUCACAGUUCCUGGUGAUGGGGAAUUCAAUAAACGAGAAACAGAAUUUACUGAAAAUGCUGUGCCCCUGAAGGACAGAGAAGAUGACAAGCCCUCAGAUACUCCUAUUAAUGGCUCAUCUAUGUCCAAUGAAAAUUCUGUAAACAAGAAACCAAGGAUCAUACGGUCUGUUAAGGAAGCUAGGGAUUAUCUUUCGAAGAAGCAUGACAAACAAGAUCCUGACGCAGAAUCUAAAAUUGAACUCAUGAAAGAAAAUGUUACUGAUUUGAAGUCUUCAAGUGUUAUUGAUUUUAAUGACAAUAAGUGCCAGAAUCUGGAGAUGAAUACAAUUGUGUCCAGAAGUGACACUUUGAAAGGAAUCUCGGAUUCUAAGCCUACCAUGAAUGCUAAUGAAGAUUCUAAUCAGAAGAAUAAGGAACGUGGGCCAACUAAGAAUGACUACUUCAAAGACUCUGGCAUUGAACCUGGAUUAGAAGACCUUCAGAAGUCUGAGACCACUUUAGACCCUGAAGUUAAUGGCAUUGGUACAGAGACCAGGCUAUCUGUAAAGACAGAAAAUUGGCCAGAGAAAAAUCUCCAUGAAGUUGAGCCCAUAAUUAAGAAAAUUAGAAGUGAUGCUUUAAAUGGAAUAUCACAUUCUAAGCCUGUCAUAAAUCCUAGUGAAGAUUCUAAUCAGAAGGAUAAGGAAUUUGGCCCAACAAAGGAUGACUACUUCAUGGACUCUAGUGUUGAACCUGGAGUAGGAGACCUUCAAAAGUCUGAGACCACUUUAGACGGUGAAGUUAAUGGUGUUAGGACAGAGACAAAACUAUCUGGAAAGACAGAGAAUUGGCUGGAGAAAAACUUCCAUGAAGUUGAGCCCAUAAUUAAGCAAAUUAGAGCUGGAUUUAGGGAUAACUACAUGGUUGCAAAAGAGAGAGUUAAUCAACAUUUAGAUAUACCCACAGAGAUGGAAUCACUUGGAGUUGUUGAAGACGGUGGAGAAUUUGACUGGAUGCAGGAUGAUCAUCUUAGAGACAUUGUCUUCCAAGUUCGCGAGAAUGAACUGUCUGGACGGGACCCAUUUUAUUUGAUGAAUGCUGAAGAUAAAGAAGCAUUUUUCAGAGGUCUUGAGAAAAAAGUGGAGAAAGAAAAUAAAAGACUUUCUCACAUCCAUGAAUGGCUCCAUUCAAAUAUUGAAAAUCUUGAUUACGGAGCAGAUGGCAUUAGUAUAUAUGAUCCACCAGAGAAAAUAAUACCACGGUGGAAAGGGCCUCCUGUGGAGAAAAUUCCCGAGUUCCUAAACGAAUUCUUAGAUCAAAGAAAGACAAUUUCCACAAGAAAUAUGAAACCAAUGAAGAAGGAUGAGAAUGGCUUUGCUAAAAAAUCAGCCGAUCCCUCUUUACAAGAAAAGGUUGACAGUUCUAUAGCACCUGUUAAGAAGUCAAAAAAUCCAAAAACUAUUAUUGAAGGAAGUGAUGGUUCUGUUAAAGUUGGCAAAAAAUCAGGGAAGGAAUAUUGGCAGCACACAAAGAAAUGGUCCCAUGGUUUUUUGCAGUCUUAUAACGGAGAGACAGAUCCAGAAAUUAAGUCCACUAUGAAGGAUAUUGGGAAGGAUUUGGAUCGCUGGAUCACCGAAAAAGAAAUAGAGGAAGCAGCUGAUCUGAUGGACAAAUUACCUGAUAGGAACAGGAGUAUCAUGGAAAAGAAACUCAACAAGCUUAAAAGAGAGAUGGAGUUGUUUGGACCGCAAGCAGUGGUUGGCAAAUAUCGUGAAUAUGCAGACAACAAAGAAGAAGAUUACUUAUGGUGGUUAGAUCUCUCACAUGUAUUGUGCAUUGAAUUGUACACAAUUGAUGAUGGAGAAGAGAGAGUAGGAUUUUAUUCGUUGGAGAUGGCUGCAGAUCUUGAAUUGGAACCUAAGCCAUAUCAUGUGAUUGCUUUCCAAGAUGCUGGUGACUGCAAAAAUCUUUGUUACAUAAUUCAGGCUCAUAUGGAUAUGCUUGGAAAUGGCCAUGCCUUUGUUGUUGCACGGCCUCCUAAGGAUGCUUUUCGAGAAGCUAAAGCAAAUGGGUUUGGUGUUACGGUCAUCAAGAAAGGUGAACUUCAGCUCAACAUAGACCAACCACUAGAAGAAGUGGAGGAACAAAUUACAGAGAUUGGCAGCAAAAUAUACCAUGAUAAGAUGAUGAAGGAACGAUCUGUGGAUAUAAACUCAAUAAUGAAGGGUGUGUUUGGUUUUAGUGACAGCUCCACCAAGAGGUUGAAGCGAAAGUUGAAGAAACCCAGAAAGGGAUGAUGGCUCUCAAACUAUCAACAAUAGAGUUGGAGAGCGUAUGUCAUCACAAGUUUGCAUGGUUGAAGAAAAUGAUGCCAUGCUUGCAUGGUACUAGUUUUUGUACUUAAUUUUUGGUACCCAAAUCACAGUUGUUUGUAUAUAGUUGAGAAAGAUGUAGGUAAUUAUAUUAGCUCUACCUAGGCAACUGCUGUUGAUGGCAUAGUUGAAAUUUUCUCCACAUUUAGAAAAAGUAAGAAGUGGGGCUUUUUAUUUUUUUUAUUUUUUUUCCAGAGGAUUUUACUUGUUUGCGGUUCAAUGGCACUAAAGAUGCUUCUAUUGAUAUGUAAA